AUGUCUGCCGGCUUGUUCGACAACACUGAUGGCGGAGCGCCCCCUGCAGCGACUGAACAAGUUGCGGGCAGGCGCACAAAACUGUUUCCGUGGGAUUCAGUUGCCACCCAGCUCUUCGAGCCGCACGGCGAAAGCGCCCUGGAUGCCAUGUCCCUGAAACAAAUUUGGGAAGCUGCCAUGAAGGGGAACAAGAAAGCGGCAUAUCACUCCCACCUAUGCGCCGACAAGACAACCGACGCAUGGCAUGUGGGCGCAGGCAUCUCCCUCACUGCCGCAUCCUUGCUCGCAGCCAUAAAGCACUUCCGAAACCCGGACAUCAAGAAGAUCAUCGUGCCGGAGCUCUACGCCAAAGUUGAGAACGAACUCCAAGCUUUGGAGCCCAAACUGCAGCUGCUGAAUUUGGGCAAGGGGUCACAAAGCCAGAAAGACAUCGGGUCCUUUCGGGCCGCGAAGCGCCUCAAAGCCACUGGCGCUGGAUCUGAGGGCGCCCUGGCAACGGAGGCUGAUGUCAUGGAGGCGACCAAAUUCUUUUACAACUGGCUCGCCCAGCCCAAGAGCGCCUUUCGGUCCAUGCUCUUUCUCUUGGCCGACUUCGUUGCCGCAAUGACAGCUCGGCUCCAGCGUGCCCCUGAGCCCGCCACCGCAAGCACAGCUGGUAACUUACAGCUUGUACUCUUGGACGCUUGCCAAAGCACGAUGAAGUUUGUCGAGUUUGAAACCAAGGGUCGCGAGUAUUCCUUUCAAUCGCCUCCUGUCAUGAGCACGCCGGCUACCGGGUUCCGCAAUCUUGGCGCCUCAUGCUUUGUGAACGCAGGCCUCCAGCUGGUCUUCGCAGUCCCGGGCUUUGUCGAAGCCGUUGCCAAUGGUCACUCGGAGACAGAAAAGGCAGUGAAGGCAGCUGCGGAGUUGUUGAUUCACCACCCGCGUAGCAGCUCGGUGCCCACAAGCGUGACAGACAUCUUCUAUCGUGGAGUCCAAGAAGACAUGGCCGAGUUUGUG